GCCGCCAAGGGCCGCAUGCAGCGCUGCGUGCGCUGCCCCGCCGCGUACCACUCCGGCGACGCGUGCGUUCCCGCCGGCGCCACCGCGCUCACCGCCGCCUCGAUCGUCUGCCCGCGGCACUUCCGGCCGGCGAAGGCGCGGCGCGCGCAGCACGCCAACGUCAACGUCAACUGGUGCUUCGUGUGUGGCCGUGGCGGCGCGCUGCUCUGCUGCGAGUCGUGUCCGACGGCGUUCCACGCGGGCUGCGUCGGCGUCGCUCAGCCGCCGGACGGCGCGUGGUACUGCGAGGACUGCACGGCGGGCCGGCAGCCGCUGUUCGGCGACAUCGUCUGGGUGAAGCUCGGCUGCUACCGCUGGUGGCCGGCGCGCAUCUGCCCGCCGCGCGCCGUCCCCGACAACGUGUUCGACCUGCCGCACGGCAUCGGGGAGUUCCCCGUCUGCUUCUUCGGCUCGCACGACUACUACUGGCUGCACAAGGGCCGCGUGUUUUACUUCGACGAGGGCGACAAGGGCUCGAAGGACCGCACGAGCUCGGCGCACCUCGCCAAGCAGUUUCAUCGCGCCGUCGUCGAGGCGACGGACGCGUUCAAGGCGUGGCAGGCGUCGCGCGAGAGCCGCGUGGCGCAGGAGAGCGAGCGCAGCGGCCGCAAGCCGGCGCCGUACAAGCACAUCAAGACGAACCGGCCCGUCGGCAAGGUGCAGAUCUACACGCGCGACCCCGCGGAGCUGACGCCGUGCGAGUGCGCGCCGACGGCGGCGCACCCGUGCGGCUACGACGGCGACUGCCUCAACGCGAUGAUGUACUACGAGUGCCACCCGGCGGUGUGCCCCGCGGGCGAGCGGUGCGAGAACCAGCGCUUCGUCAAGAUGCAGUACGCCGCGUGCGCGCCGACGAAGGUGGGCGCGCGCGGCUGGGGCCUGCGCGCGCUCGAACCCGUCCGCAAGGGUCAGUUCGUCGGCGAGUAUGUCGGUGACCUCAUCGACGAUGAGGAGUGCCGGCGGAGGCUGCGGCGCUCGCACGAGGACAACGUCGGCGACUUCUACAUGCUCACGAUCGACAAGGACCGCGUGAUCGACGCCGGCCCCAAGGGCAACCUGACGCGCUUCAUGAACCACGACUGCGCGCCGAACUGCGAAACGCAGAAGUGGACGGUGAACGGCGACGUGCGCGUCGGCCUCUUCGCCCUGCGCGACGUCGCCGCCGGCGAGGAGCUCACCUUCAACUACAACCUCGACUGCCUCGGCAACGAGAAGCGACCGUGCCUCUGCGGCGCCCCGCGCUGCAGCGGCUUCAUCGGCGUGCGGCCGAAGGGAGCCGCCGACAACGGCGGCGGAACCGCCGCGGCGGGCAACGGCGGCGAAGAACCGGCGCGGCGCGCGGCGAACGGCGGCGGUAUCGCCGACGACGACGAUGUGCUUCCGCCUGCGGACGAGGGCGGCGAGCGUGGUGAUGUGCGACCGGCGGACGUAGCAGGCAAGGUGUACCACACUCGCGCUCGGCUGCCUCGACCCUCGCUCGCGCGCCCGCACGGCCGCUGGCAGUGCCCGUCGGGCCACCACUGUGACGAUUGCGGCCGCGCGCCGGCACGCUGCUCUGCCGCCGCGUUGCCCGAACUCGUUGCGUGCGCGGCGCACGAGCGACGGCCGCGUGCCGCGAGCCGCCCGACGACACGGCGCCACCUACUGCGACGGAGCACGGACCUCUCGAAGCUUCCCGCUGCGCGCCGCCGCCGCCCCGGACCGCAAGGAAAGAUGCCGUUGCGACGCGCGCACAAGCGCCGAACCUCCGUCGAGCGGGCUCGCAGACGGAGAGGGCUGCCGCCAGGGGCGGCGCCGGCGCGGAGUACCGCCACCCGACGUUCCCGCGCGGCAACGAGCGAUCGGGAACAGCGAGUGUCGUCGAGCGAGGAGGGCAAUCUCAUGAUCGUGACGUGA